AUGGGCGAAAUUGCCUUUAGUGUUCCAGCGGACGUUAAUAUUCACGGGUCCAUUAUUAGGGUUAAAAAGUCAAAAUAUGCAUCUUUCUGGGACUCACGCGCCGUUCUACAGAUCAUUAGAUCGCCUACGAAAUCCCUAAAACCAAGCGGAGAUUCUUCACAGGCAUCACAUAACAGGCUACCAGUCCCAAGGACAGUCGUGUUGCCAAGUACCGCCAGACAAAAAAACGGACCUACAUCAGUGGUGAUCUUGUAUUGCUUCAGACGACGCAAUAGAAACACACGCGUGCUCGACAUAACAGGAUUUCCAAAACAGCUCACAGGCCCAACAGCAAUGGGGGACAUGCCGUCUUUGAGCCUUCACUCAGGGUCGCGAAUUCCACUGUUGGGGUUUGGUACCGGAAGCCUGGGACCCCUGCGCCAGAUGUCGGAUGAGGAUGCCAGGCGAGCGAUCAGGGCCGGCUUGGAGUGCGGAUACCGACACCUCGACACCGCCGCCUUCUACCAGAACGAGCACGUGAUCGGCAGCGUCCUUGGCGAGUGGAUAUCGGCGGGAAAGAUCAAGCGGGAGGAGGUGUUUGUGACCACGAAGCUUCCACCGACCGGCCUCCAUGAGAGCAAAGUGGAGGCGUGGAUGCUCCGAUCUCUCGAACGCCUGAACCUCUCCUAUGUGGAUCUCUACCUCAUCCACUUCCCCGUCGCCAUGUUGAGCAAAGACGGGGAGGUGACGCCUUCCACGACAGAAGACGGGCGUGUCCGCUUCGACCCCGAGGUCAGCCUUGAGGAGGUCUGGAAGGCGAUGGAGAAGCAGGUGAAGGCAGGUCGGGCCAAAGCAAUCGGUUUAUCCAACUUCAACAGCAGCCAGAUUAGCAGGAUUCUGAGAGUAUGCAACAUCAAACCGGCCGCCCUGCAGAUCGAGGUCAACGCAUACCACCAGCAGCGCCUUCUACGGGAGUUCUGCAGUCGCCACCAGAUCCCUGUGUGCGCUUAUGCUCCGCUGGGGGCGCCCGGGACUCCGUAUAGCUCGAAGAUCCCGAAGCUCCUCGAAGACAAGGCGCUGCUGACGUUGGCCGAUCGCUACGGACGGUCGCCGGCGCAGAUACUCCUGCGGUAUCUGGUCCAGCUGGAGAUCGUCGCCGUCUUCAAGUCUGCGAACCCGGGGAGGAUGAGGGAGAAUAUGAAGAUUUUCGACUUUUCCAUAACACCAGAAGACAUGAAACUCCUUGACAACUUGGACCGGGGAAAAGACGCAAGAAUUUAUACGAUGAAGUCCUUUAUUGGGGUAGACGAGCAGCAGGAGUACCCCUUCAACGUCCCCUUCUGAGGGAAAGGAAGACGUAGCGACGCUAAGAUGUGGAGAGGGAAUCCCGUUUUCUAUAUGAUGAAUGUCUUCCCAUUUUCUUUCUUAUAAAGUGCGUGAUAGAGAGAGAGAGCCAGAGAAGAGAGAGAGAGAGAGAGAAGAGAGAGAGAGAGAGAGAGAGAGAGAAAGGGAAUGAGAGAAAGAGAGAGAGAGAGAGAGAGAGAGAGAGAAAGAAAGAGAGAGACAUUUCCUGUGCAUUCGCGAUUCCCACCUUUCUGAACAAACACCAUUUCUCAUUUAUUACUUGUUUUAUUUUAAUAAAAGAUAUAUACCCCCCCCCUCUCUCUCUC